AUGCUCCCCCAGCUGUGCUGCGGUUGUGGCUGCAGCUCGUGCCAUGGGCUCCGCGUGUCUACGGGCACCCGGAUCCUCUACACACUCCUGCACGUCCUGGCUUCUGCCGUGUGCUGCCUCAUGCUGUCCCGCACCGUGGCCCAGGUCAUCAGGGAGAAGGUGCCCUUUUCGGCGGUGCUGUGCGAACAUCUGCCCGGGGGCACAGACUGCGAGCGGCUGGUGGGCUCAUCGGCUGUGUACCGCGUCUGCUUCGGCACUGCCUGCUUCCACCUGGCACAGGCUGCCCUGCUGCUCAACGUGCGCUCCAGCACUGACUGCCGCGCACAGCUGCACAACGGGUUCUGGCUCCUGAAGCUGCUGGUGCUGGUGGGGCUCUGUGCCGCAAGCUUCUUCAUCCCCGAGGAUGGCUUCAUCCAAGCCUGGCACUACACGGGCAUCUGUGGGGGCUUUGCCUUCAUCCUCAUCCAGCUGGUGCUGAUCACGGCCUUCGCGCACACUUGGAACAAGAACUGGCUGACGGGUGCUGCGCGGGACAAGCGCUGGUACGUGGCGGUGCUGCUGGCCACUGCCGCCUUCUACGGCCUUGCCUCCGCCGCCUUCACCUUCCUCUACAAGUUCUACACCCACCCGGCUGCCUGCCACCUCAACAAGGUGCUGCUCACCCUCCACGGCAGCCUCUGCGGCAUCAUGUCCUUCAUCUCCAUCACGCCCUGUGUGCGGCUCAGGCAGCCACGGUCGGGACUGCUGCAGUCUUCAAUCAUCAGCUGCUACGUGAUGUACCUCACCUUCUCUGCACUGUCCAGCCGUCCCCCGGAGAGAGUGCUCUACAAGGGGCAGAACCUCACCGUCUGCUUCCCUGGCGUGCGGCAGGACGAGAUGCAGACAGAGGACACUACCGUUGCCGUCCUGGGGGCCACCAUCAUGUAUGCCUGCGUGCUCUUCGCAUGCAAUGAAGCCUCCUACCUUGCUGAGGUUUUUGGGCCCCUCUGGAUGGUCAAAGUCUACAGCUUCGAGUUUAAAGAACCCUCCUGCUGCUUCUGCUGCCCUGACAAGAUGGAGGAGGAGCUGAGAGGUGGGUGCAGGGACAUGCACCCUCGGGUGCCCGUGUCCCAGCCUGGGGGUGCUGGCAAGGGAGGUGCAGGAGCUGCCAUGCCCUGUGCUCUCGCAGGCACCGAGCAGACGUGUGAGCCAGUGGAUGAUACCCCAGAGGGACAGUGCCUCAUCCAGGACGAGCGAGACCGCGUGGUCUACAGCUACUCAGCCUUCCACUUCGUCUUCUUUCUUGCCUCGCUCUACGUCAUGAUGACCCUCACCAACUGGUUCAGCUAUGAGAACGCGGUGCUGGAGACCACCUUCACACAUGGCAGCUGGUCGACCUUCUGGGUAAAGGUGUCCUCGUGCUGGGCCUGCGUCCUGCUCUACCUGUGGCUGCUGCUGAGCCCGUUCUGCGUGCGUGGCUCCCCCCAGCCCCGGCGCAGCGGCCCAGCCCUGCGCGUCCUGCGGCGGCGGCGCAUCCCGCAGCGCGUCAGUGCCUGCAUGUAGUGCCUGCAGGAUGGACUCUUCCUGGCCCCACAUGGGGCAGCAGCCAGGGCCGGUCCCUGCUGUGCUCUGUGCCCGGCCCCACUGUGUCCCAUGGGGUUGCUGUGCCCCCGUCCUGGGAGAUGGCAGCAUCUGAGAGCCUGAGAGGGACUGGGGAGGCGAGUACUCCCAGGGACACGGGUCUUGCGCUGAGCCAUGGCCACCAAAGGCCUGGCCAGAGUGAGCGCAGGUGGCAGGUGCUCAGCCCCGACUGCUGCCGCAUCCCCCUGGCUCUGGCCAGGCACCAGCUGCCAGCCCCGGUGACGGGCCCUGGCUGCCUGUGUCCCAGCUCACCCGCCAGCAGUGGGCUCCUUGUAAAUAGCUCCUUGAAUACAUUUUUACAUAAAACUCUGACUGAGCCUGUGCUAUC